AUGCUUCAGGGAUAUGGUAUAAAGCAUAUGUUUUCCAUCCCUUACUAUCCCCAAGGAAAUGGAUUGGCCGAAAGUACUAACAAGACAUUGAUUCGUAUUCUUAGUCGAACCGUGCAUGAUAACCCUAGGUCUUGGCAUGAGAAAUUACCGGUGGAAAUAUGGGCAUAUUGGGCUUUUCCGAGGACUUCUACAGGCGUGUCUCCUUAUUCCUUGGUUUACGGAGCAGAUGCAAUUCUACCUGUGGAAAUUAAGAUUCAGUCAGCUCGAGUUUCUAUAGCAAGCGGAGUUCAGUGGGACGCGACUGAGGCAUCACUCUCUCGAAUAGCGGAUUUGGAUAUGGUGGAGGCAAGACGUGCUAAGAUAGAAGAGCAUCUUGCUGUCUACAAGCAACGAUUUUCGCGCGUAUAUAAUAAAACACUAGGCCAAGAAUUUUCUAAGUUGGGGACUUAG